AUCCCCGAAAGUUUACAACUGAACUGCUGAUAGUGUCGAUUGUAUGCGAAGUUUAACAGCGAAUGGCCCAUCAUUUUGUGAGCGAAGAAACUAAGUCAAAAGCGAGCGAAGAUGAAUUAUCUAUGGCUGAGAAGGCGCGUGACUUUAUAAGUUCGCGAGUUUUGGAUUUGUUUGAAUUUACAGCUGAUGGUUCGCUAAGACCAGAAGAGUUAGAAGAGAAACAGCAGGAAGCAAGAACCCCCUCCUCAUCUCAGAGUUUCGAGAACAUAUCGUUUGGAGAGGCACCUGGAUCUUCAGACUCAACCAAUAGCGUCGAGUCAAUAGAACUGCAGACCCCAAUGAGUUCAGUUACCUCAGAGUCAGGUGACUCAAGUUCGUCUUCUCAGAACCACGAUGCAGACAACGAGAACACGUCUGGAGAGUACAUUUCUUCGAAGGAUUUUAGGAGUCCCAAAGGCUACGAAUAUUGGCAGGACGAAUCAAGUGGCAGCUGCCUCGAUUUCAGGAAGUUGAACAGCUCAUCCCGAAAUGCAUCACAUGCCACCGAUCACUCAUUCAACCCAAAAGAAAGGAACUCAGCCAGGUUGAAAGAAGUGAGGCAAAACAACAGACACAAGAAGAAAGUAUUCUCCAAAAUCGAACCACUCCAGAUUUCAUGGGCUAGCAAAACUACAGUAGACAGAUUCUGGGAUUAUGACGAUGACCUUUUUCUACGUCUAGUAUUUUGCAUCUCAGAUGUAUGUGUCCUACGCUGGGAACUGAGUUCGCCGAAAAAUUUCUACUUGCCAGAAUCCGUCAAACCAAGUCUGAAAUCCUUGUUCUACGAUAAAAUGGAUAUAGAUAAACUUUCCUUAGUAUCUUAUGUCUCGCUUUUGAGCGGGGCGCCUUUUGAAGAAAAUAAUCUCAAAAAUCUAAAAACUGGCUUCGAUGAUAGCUACUCGAUAGCAAAAGUGGCAAUGAAUAUUUUGUGCGCAAUGGACAAAGCUAAAAUGAUGCCAAGAAUUGAUAUCGAUUACUUGGACCAGAUUGAUACGCCAGAGGAAAAUGAGUUCAAUGAAGCUGACUCUGAAAGUGAAAAUGAUGAAAGAAAUGAAAACGGAGUUGAAGAAAGAGAAAGUAAGCGUGAGCUACGUGAACAAGCGUGUGAAGAAUUUGACGACGACGAAAAUGAUCUAAUCGAAAAUGAAAAAGAAGCUUUAACUCCGGAAAAACUAGACGCAGAUUGCAUGAACAUUCAUGAGGAUGUUUGCGAUGAAGGUGAUAAUCACGAAGAAUUCGAAGAAGACUCCAGCUCGUCUGAGGAAUCUGCUAGCGAAGAUGAAGAAUCCGAGGUUGAUGAAACCCCGAUUGAACCCGAAGUAGUGGAAGCAAAUGUCACCGGACAACAAGGUACGUGUGAAGCUCCGGUGGCCAAUGAACCACAAAUAUAUUCCACUCAAGUCGCUGUCGAGGAAGCUUCGUUUUUGGAAACCGCUGAAAAACCCCAGAAUGAUCGGGAAAUAGUAAUCGAAUCCGAAAUGGACGAAGUAGCAGCAUUAAAUAUGCAACUAGCGGAAAACGAAGUGGUUCCCAUUGAAGAUUUCACUCUGCCUUUGAUUCAGGAGCACGAGAACUUGAGCAGCAGCCAAGCAUACGAGAGCUUGCAACAAAUGCAUAGCGAUUUAACGGAAGAUUAUGUGCCGACAUUGCAGGCGAUGCUAGUAGCAGGAAUGAAGACUACGUUGAAUCUAAAGGAAGCGGAAAAGUUCUGCUUGAACAACGAAGUCGGAGACGUGAAAGAAUCAGAAGUAGGCGAGCUCAUUCGAGAGCAGAACGAAGCGCUUUUGCAUCGAAUUAUGGAAUUAGAGGAUUCGUUUGAACCGUUUAGCGUUGAACAGACUUCGGCCGAUGAGUCGAAUCAUGCACCGGUUUUGUUCAGUAAUCAGCGCUCGUGUAUUAACUUAAUGGAAGCAGAUUCAAAUCUAGUGGAUACCGGAAUUGAAGCGGAACAGACACCUCACGCGGUUUUGCAGGUUGAAAAUUCUACGAUUGACGAGUUGGCAAGUUUGCAGCCAGAAGAUGGCCCGGAAAUAGUUUUCACAGACGAUGGUCGUGUGUGUAUGGGUGAGAACUCUUCAUUUUCUGUUAUGUACGCACAUAGAACAUAUCAACCCUCAGCAGUUGAGACAGAACCAGUCAGAGAGCUUCAGCAACAAAAUUCGAUGCUGCCUGGAAUUUGUUCCCAAGAUGGAGAUCACGCUAAUUCGGAGAAAAAUGCAAAAAGCAAGGCAACAGUUCUGAAAAUUCAGUUUCAACAGUCUUUAAAGCGGUAUUCAGAUGUGAAAACGGAUCGAAAGGAGUUUCCAAUGAAUUCAUCCAUAUCGUUGGACCAGAACGAAUGUGUUCCUUGUAACGAAACUGGAAUUGUUCUCGACUCACCGAAUAGAAGUUUUUGCUUCACUUCAACGCCGGCACAAAGUGCGGGAUCAGCUUCGGGAAAAUCAAAAAUCCCAAGACUACCUCAACUCCGCACGACAUCUUUGAGCAAAUCAGGGGAUAAAUCAUAUGGAUACCCACCACGUAGUGCGACAAACAAGCCCUCGAUUACGCCUCGAAGUGCUAACACAAUAGCUAGGGCUCCUCCAACGCCCCUACCAAAAGUUAGUGUAAGUAGGGAAUCGAAGAUUCCGAGGCCUGCGAUUCCAAGUGGAGGCAACAGCUCGAGGUCUGUGAUGGGCAUUCCAAGUGCAAGCAGCCGAGCGAGUGAUCGAUCGACUCCUUCUAUGCUGACUACAUAUUCCUCAAGCCUACAUCAUAAACCGCCCGCAGCCCCUACGUCGAAAAUACUAAGAACAAGUUUUAAAAAACCCUCGCCUAGUCCCAGAACACCUAUAACGAGCCAGAAAUUAUCAGUUCCAAGCGUUAAACCCUCAGUAGUGCCGACAGCAAAACUGCCUAAAGCUGUUGCAAAACCUGCAGCUUCAACAACUGUUUUGACUGAUGCUGUUAUUGUGUCAUGUAUUGAUAGGAUUAGAGUCAAACUGAGAGGCAGUAAAGAUGCACAGGAAGAGUUGUCGAGACUUUUUAACGAGGUUCUCAAUUCGUCUUCGAAUCUAAGAGACAGCAGUUUGUCUCCUAUGCAGUUAGCAAAAGUGCUCUCAAAGUUCGACCCUUCAGUCUCUGAAUUCAGUCUGAGAGACAAGCAGAAGUUGGCAUCCAAGCUAAUAACGGGCAAAGACCAGAAAAUAGAUUUCAAAACAUUCAUUGCGCUGUACUCUAAGUGAAAAGGAAACCAAUCCUGCAACACUAAAUAUUCACAU